AUGGCUGCUGCGCCGCCGCCUUCGCGGCCGCAGCGUCCAGGAGCCCCGCGGACAAAGUUUGUGCCGCGCAGUAUCGAGGACCAAGUCCGAUUAGCAUACAACACACCCACGCCUCAUGUGUACCGGCCGACUGAUCCGCGACAUCCGGAUAUAGCAGAGCCGAAACCGCAUGGCAAGAUCAGCACGUCCAAGCACCCGUCAACGCUGGACUAUGUUUCAAAGCACAAGAGCUUUGUCCCUGGUCCGACCUACGUCCCGCCACCUUGGGCGAAGAUGGGCAAGCCGUUCUGUCCAGAGGGUGGACGUUUCAUGCUAGAGGCUCACAAGCCGCCAAGCUACUUCGAUGUGGCUCCUAAGCUUUAUGAUGCCAAUCCGCCUCCCGGAUCAUACGACGCAAAAGGCUCCGUUGAAGUCAAAGUUGUCGGCCAGCUCGUGUACAGAUACGAAAGUGCGACCAGCUCGGAGACCAAAGCGCUGAUAGCCAAGGUUGUUGGAGAUCCUGAAGAGGUUCCUGGUCCUGGCCACUACACGUUACCAGACCCGCUUCCUUUGGCAGCCCCUCCAGCUUUGAAGGGCCGGAUGCUGCCCUACAGCAUGCCCCACCCUUACGCAUACAACUGCGCACCGGAUCACACUCGAAGCUUCCUGGAGCCUGUGCGACAGCGCAACAACGGGGACCAGAUCUUUGGCACAGGUUGGCGCCAAGGAGCUGCUCGGAGAGGCGACAAAGCCAAGCCUUCUCCAAAGGAAGACCAGGUGCAGCUGGCCGAACUCCCUCCUGGCGUAGGCGAGGAAGAGAAGCCUGAAGAUGAUGGGGUCGUGCAUUGGAGGUCUGGCGGCUUCUCCCUCAAGAAGUCGCGCUCAGCCGCUGGCGUGUUAAGAGCUCCAGAUAUUGACCAAGAAGUCUUGGAGGGCGUCGGGAAGUUCUACCCGCCCUUGGCGCAGAAGCAUCAGCGAUGCAACUCGCAGUUCCUGCCCAUGUCCAGUAGAAGGACGGAGUCAGUUCGAACUCGUGGAGUUUCUGAGGAAAACCAACGCCUUGGGCAGAGCAAAUGGAAGCUGAGCAAAGCGCUUGCAGGAAUCGAGCACGCGACCAACGCCGCACUUGAACCGCUGGAUGUCGACAAAUUGAAGCAGCACGCGAUGAAAGGCUUGCGCGAUAAGGCCAUCAAUCGCAUGAAGCUUCAAGGCGUGAGCAAGGACCAGCAGGAGGUGAUCUUGGAAGAAAUGGAUGCCUUGCUGCGCGAGCGCUCCGAAAGAGUCAAGGCAGCUGAGAUGGAUUCCCAGGAGUUCGAGUUGCAGGAGGAACUGGCUGAAGAGUCGCCUCCUCCCGUUCACGAACCCCAAGCAGCCACGGAGACGCAAGAACAUGCUCAGGAGCAACUUGAGGAUUCUGAAGCCGAUGCUGUCCUCACAGACGGUGCGCACCUGGAAGACACACAGCCUGAGGAGUGA